AUGUUACCAUUACUAUUGAUAUUUCUCGUGCACAUUGCUUAUGCAAGAUAUCAAGAGGUUGACACGGGUGACGGAAGCUUUUUGAGUGUUGAGUCGGAUGAUAUCGAAUUUGAUCUUGAUCAACCAUAUGCGGGAAGAGUGAAUUUGAAAUUCGGUGAUGAAACGAAUCCAAUCGGGAAACAAUCAAUCGCUUUCUUUCAUGGCGGAUCAUAUGUAUCAGUGAUUAAUAAAGGAGGAGUAAAGAUGGAGCGCAAAUUCGAUGGUGAUUUCUGCACGAUUCGCCUCAAGGAUUGCCAUUGUGGAUCAAGUCGACGAGAACGAUUUUUCUCUUCUCAAUCAGAAAACGAAGAAAAACAAAACCCCUAUCAACAAACCUAUCAAACACCGCAAGAAGAUUACUAUACAACAACAACAACUGAGGCCACAUAUCCAACACCACCACCACAAGAACAACCAAAUCGAUACUAUUACAAUACUCAACGACCACCGUCAAAGAAAUACAAGAAAAGGAAAUAUAAACCGAAACAACCGAUGAGAAUUGCGGAUGAUGAGGAUUCUGGGCCACCAAAACCGGAUUUUGGAGAAGAUUAUCCACCGGCUGCCCCACCAGCUCCACCGACAGAUCGACCAAGGCAACAGGCGACCCCAUAUUACACUGAUGAAAAGACCGGUCCAAUCAUCAAUCGACGAGUCUCUCUGUCUCCUGGACACGAUUUGAAUAUCCAAAGCAUUGUCGAUUUCGAGAUUGGCCAUCCCCGAACAGAUUGUGUCGAUUUAGUCGUUCAAAAGCCGCGCAAUAUCGAAGACCCAAGCUUCAACAAUCAAGUUUUCCGCUAUUUCUCUGUUCUCAUCAAUAUCACCAAUUAUUCUCCAGAACAAGUGAUGAUUUAUCGAGAUGUCGAUAAUGUGCAAUGCAACAUUGGAACAACCGAUCAAAAAGAGUAUGAACCGAAGAGAAAAAGACGACCUUUCAUGAAAACAUAUCAAACAACGACAACUGAAGCCACAACAAGAUUUAUUCGACCUUACAUGCCCGAGCGAUCCAUCCGUUUACCCACUACGAAGGGUUUCGAUUAUGAGGGAAAAAUAAAUCUCGACAAGGAAUACUCAAUCGAUUUCGAGUGCAGUGUCCCGUAUCAAGUCUACCGUCCGACACGAUACGAUAUCACGAUUACAUUGGGCUACGAGGGUCAAAAACGACCUGAAUCCUAUAAGAGCGAGCGUUUUGGAAGAUACAAUGUGGAUUGUGUGAAUUACUCAAAAGAUGAUGUAGAUUUCUCGCAAGAAGGUAAAAGGGCCACAUGUCGAGUGGGACAACCGAGAGAGGAAAGACAAAGCAGUUUUGGUAUUCGUCGUCGUCUUUUCAAUCUCGAUGACGGUCUCUCAUUUGUGAUCAUCGGUGAUGGAGAAUGGAAAGUGGAACAAGAUGGAGAUCGAUUUAUGAUCACAAUCGGACACUCACCCAGGAAUCGAAUGCCAUUGACGAAAUCGCAUUCGGAGUACACUUUCGGGCGAUACACGAUCGUCAUCGACAAUUUCACCCUCAAAUAUUUCACACUAGAGCAGAUCAACAACCGCCUGCAAUGCAUAAUCGGCAUCAAUCAACGACGC